GUACACCUGGGGUGGGGAAGUAGGUGUUGACGUUGGUUAGAAGGGUCGUAGCACCAGUUGAAUCUUUUUCAUCGUUCAGGUUACAAGUACGGUGAUUCUUUAUUGAAUUGAAAUUCUCUUUAAAUAAAUAAUUACAGAAUUAGUGUGCGUUAUUGAGUUUUAUAUUAUUUGUAAAAAAUAAUAUUUAAAAAAAAUUAUAACAAGAUGAAUUGUGGAGAGUGUACCAUCAAGUAUUUACUCUUUAUCUUCAAUUUUAUUUUUACACUAUGUGGUUUGGCACUUAUUAUUCCUGCAGCAUUUUUUUAUGGAAACAUUAAAGAUUUGCCGGAAAAACUACAAGCUGAAGGAUCAGCUCUCAUUAUUGGAAUCUUAAUAGUCGGAUGCAUUGUAUUUGUCAUAGCUUUUUUCGGAUGUUGUGGCGCUAUCAAGGAAAGCCAUUGUAUGAUUAUUACUUUUGCAGUUUUACUGUUAACUAUUUUGGUGAUUCAAGUUGGUCUCGCUAUUUUUGCAUUCAUUAAAGUCAAAGGCUUUGAAGAAAAAAAUUUCAAUGACGCUUACAAACAUGAAGUCGAACAAUACUGGAAAAGCAAAAUUAGCCAAGAAAUAGUCGAUUUCACUCAAAGAGCUUUUUCUUGUUGCGGUGCUGAAGGUCCAUCUGAUUUCGCCUCUCCAAAUCCUAAUAUGAACGGCACUAUUCCAAUUACUUGUUGUUCAUUGAAUAGUGACUCGAAAUUAACUACUUGUCCGUCUGAUAAAAUUUACCGUGAUGGAUGUUCAGAAAGACUCUUUACAUUCUUCCAAAUGGCAGGAAAAAUAUUAGGUGGUGUUGCUCUUGGUAUUGCUGGAGUCGAAUUAGUUGGUAUCAUUUUUGCUCUCUGCUUAGCAAAUUCAAUACGAAAUGAAGAACGUAGAAACUAUCGCGUUUAAACCGUCCGAUUUAAAUAAAUUAUUCUUACAUUUGUGAAAA